AUCACCAUCGCUGUUGGAGACCGUUGACAUUUCCUAUCCAUGUGCCUGUAGUCGCUUCUCGGCCGCCCAACACUCUGACAUUGACAGCCGACCGUCAAUCUCCGACGGCACUGCGAGCGAACCCAGAGUGUACUGUCACAUGAUCUUUAACAGGCCGGCUCGCCAACCAUGCUCUCCAAACACUCUUCAUCACUAUCUUCAUAGUCCCCACAAGUUGUUACACCUUCCAAAAGCAGCCACCAUGUCUACAAAGCCCCUCUUCGAAAAAGACCGGCCCAUGCACUGGGUCCUCGACUGGGACGGCACCAUCACCAAAAAAGACACUCUAAAUGCCCUCGUCAGCAUAUCUGCAGCAGAAAAACCCAACUUCCCCACCAUGGACCACUGGAAAUCCGCCUCACAGGCAUACAUGGACGACUACGCCGCCACACUAAAACAGCUCGUCCCCACUGGCGCUCUCCCAACGACAAUAACCGAGGAAAAACAGCUCCUAGCCAGACUGAAAGAAGUAGAGCAGCGCAGUCUCGACCGCGUACAUUCAUCUGCUAUAUUCACUAAUCUUACCCAUCAAGGCAUCGAAUCAGGAGCCAGUCGGGUCAUAGAAUCAGACCAAGUACAACUUCGCACUGGCUUCCCCUCAUUCUUCAAGCACAUCCAGUCACGUGAGCGCGACGCUUUUGUCAUGCUGAGUGUAAACUGGUCUCGCCAUUUCAUUCAUUCUUGCCUUGCCGCAUCCAAGAUCAGCGUAGCCUCGCACGCUGUCCUGUCCAACGAGCUCGACGGUAUAUCCGCCGGGCUGCCCUCGUCUGGUCGCAUCAUCAAUGCAGCCUCGGGAGAACCGGACCCCAUUGUAUCCAGUGGUGACAAACUGCAAAUUUUUGAACAGAUGCAGGAGGUCAACGGGCCCAAGGUCUACAUUGGUGACAGCUGGACGGAUAUCGAGUGUCUGCUAGCUGCAGACCUUGGUAUCUGCAUCCGCGAUGAUCCCAUGGGUAGCUCGCAGAAGAUACUUGCAGAUGCGCUCACGAGACUGGGAGUACCAUGUCCAAAGUUGAGAGACCGGAGGCAGCAUACCGAGCGUGGUAUCGUAUGGGCCAGGGACUUUACAGAAGUGCUUGAAUGGAUGGAGAAUGGUUUAUAGUAAUCAUUCAUUGUAACUAAACCAAAAUCAAGCUAUAUUAAUCCUACAAUUCCUAACCGGGAAGAUGACACCAAACGCACACCGCUAUGCUAAUGAAAUGAUUUAGACUUCUGUCUCGAUCUCGUCUCCGUUUCUCUCGUGAUGGUGGAAGAUGUGUCCCAUCUUCCUCUUU